CGUCGCUGAAGAAAUCCGAAGAGUUGCUACUCUGAAAGAAGCAGCGAUGGAGUUGGUGACGAAGGUUCGCGACGCCGAGCACUGGGUACAAGUGCUGGAGUCCAGCGACAAGAAACUAGUUGUUGUCGAUGUACACAAGGAUUGGUGUGGGCCAUGUAAGAUCGUGGAGCCGACAUACAAGCGCUUGACUACGGACAUCGACCACGCCGAGCGACGCCUCAUGUUUGCAACACUAAACGUUGGAUUUCACGUCGAUGGCAUCGAGGACACUGGAAGUUGCAAACCUCGAUUCCUAUUUUUUAAGGACCGCAAGCAAAUUGCCGACGUGGAUGGUGCAAACGUGCCGCUACUGGAGCAGUUGGUUAAGCAACAUUUGCCACCGCUCGGAAAUGACGACGAAGAAAACUAGCGUCUGAUAGCGAGGACGAAAUGCAAAAAUCAAGUGUGCGAUCACUAGAAAAAUCUUGAUAUUCGUGAUUGGUAAGUGAAGGCAUUGAUAGCGUGAAGGGAUCGCGAAACGAAAGCAUUUAUGUGUACUUGUCGUCGCCCGCAAAUUCAGAUUGAUGAAUCAGAGGAAGGUCGUUGGAAUACGAAGCCAGCGUCUUCCAGCCGCCCAACUCGGCAUCGCUUGCAUGUGUCCCUGUACGAGAAGUUCUGUAUCUCGAGAAGGGAGCGGUUAGUUCGUCAUUAAGCAAGAGCACGCAUGCUUUAGGACUCAGUACGUGGUUGCCUAAGCACAGAAGAUGCAACAUCAGUGAGUAAUUUCAAGUGGAGACCAGCACACCCAGGAAGCUCGCCCCACCGCAAUUUGUGCAUUUCCAGUCCCCCUGCAAAGCACAUCUCAUACAUUUUAACAUUUCUUUCACAACGGAGGGGACUAAACAAAAGCAACACCAUGUUACCGGCCACCAAUCCAUGUGCGGGGCGACCUUCUUCGAUGCGAGCGAAGCCUUCAACUGCGAACAGCACAAAGCAAUCGUUAGAUUGCGCUAUCAUUGGACGCGCCACGAGUAAAUAUUAACCAGUUGAAUGAGAUCGUUUGGUUCGGU